AUGUUUUGGAGGCUGAGGGUGAGCUACGUGAACAACAGGGAGGUGUACAAUGGGUCCGAGCUCAAACCUUCUCAGGUUGCCAACCAACCCCGCGUCCACAUUGGCGGGGACGACCUCCGCACCUUCUACACUCUGUAUAGUUAUCAUAUAUACGUUUUGCAGGUUAUGGUGGACCCGGAUGCGCCAAGCCCCAGUGACCCUAACUUGAGGGAAUACUUACACUGGCUGGUGACAGAUAUUCCUGCCACUACUGGGGCAACCUUUGGGCAAGAAGUGGUGUGCUACGAGAGCCCUCGGCCGUGGGUGGGGAUUCACCGCUUCGUAUUUGUACUGUUCCGGCAACUGGGCCGCCAGACGGUUUACGCGCCCGGUUGGCGCCAGAACUUCAGCACCAGAGACUUCGCGGAGCUAUACAAUCUGGGCCUGCCCGUCGCUGCCGUCUACUUCAACUGCCAGAGGGAGACCGGCUCCGGGGGAAGGCGAAUAUGA